AUUUGGUGUACCCUAAUUUUCCCCCCCAAAUUGAUAAACGAGACACUCUUCCCGCCAUUGCCCACAGUACGUGCUGCAGUCAGUCAAAGUGACUGAGCACACAACUGCAGACCUCUCUUGCCUCUCUAUGUCGUCGCUUCCUCGUCUUCUUCGACGUUAGGAGGUGAACAAACACCAGAAACCCCAAGCAACUGCGCUACUCUAAUGGAGGAUUCUAGGGUUUUCUCCGAUCCGACCCGUUCGAACCGCCUGCAAGCUGGCAUCAUCUCCAGAAUUCGUCUCGAAAAUUUCAUGUGCCACAGCAAUCUAGAAAUCGAGCUCGGCGACUGGGUCAAUUUCAUUACUGGCCAAAAUGGAAGUGGAAAGAGCGCUAUAUUAACUGCACUCUGUGUGGCAUUUGGUAGCCGGGCUCGCGGCACACAAAGAGCCAACACGAUGAAAGAUUUUAUAAAGACUGGCUGCAGUCAUGCACUUGUUCGAGUUGAGAUAAAAAAUCAAGGAGAAGACUCUUUUAAACCAGAAGUGUAUGGCAGCAUCAUAAUAGUGGAGCGCAGAAUUUCGGAAUCAACCAGUUCCAUCUCAUUGAGAAAUAGUCAAGGUAGGAGGGUUGGUACCAAGAAAGAAGAUCUUCGCGAGAUAGUGGAACACUUCAAUAUUGAUGUAGAGAAUCCAUGUGUGAUCAUGACCCAAGACAAGAGCAGAGAAUUUUUGCAUUCUGGAAAUGCGAAAGACAAAUUCAAGGCAACUCUACUGCAACAAGUGGAUGAUCUCUUAAAAGGUAUUGAGAAGCAAGUAAAUGAAGCGAAGGCAAUGGUUAUGCAUUUAGAAGAGUCGCUUAGACCAAUAUUGAAAGAAAUUGACGAAUUGCAAGAAAAGAUAAAAAGCAUGGAAUUUGUGGAAGAGAUGUCACAACAGUUGCAGUUGUUGAGGAUGAAACUAGCAUGGUCUCAUGUUUAUAAGGUUGAAAAAUCACUUGAAAAGAAACGCAAGAUGAUUGAAGAUCAGAACAGGAAUAUAUCCAACUUGCAAGCACAAAUUGAUCUGAAGCAUCGCAAGGUUGAAGAAAUGAGUGAUCAAUUGGCCAAGAAGAAAAGUCAAAUAUUAAAUAUGAUGGAUAGGACAUCGGAAGUAAGACGGAUGAAGGAAGAUCUACUGCAAAGUUGUUCAACUGCUGUCAAGGAGAGGGUCGAGCUAGAAAGGGAACAAGACCGCAUAGCUCGGCAAAUUCAACAGAUCAAUGAAGAGGUCAAAUCGCGUGAGCAACAGAUUCAUGAUUUGCAAGAGCAGUUUGCCAAAACUACACAAGCUGAAGAAACUGCAAUGGAGCAAAAGCUCAGGGAACUCCAAGUUGAGGUAGCUGAAGCUAAUGCUAGUUGUCAGAGAUUGAAGGAGGAAGAAGAUGGAAUAGCACAGAAGAUAGCUAUGGUAGAAAAUGAAAUAUUAAAAAUAACAAAACAGAUAGAAGAUUUUGAAAGAAGCCAUCGUGAUAUUUCAUCUCGUAUCCAUGAGCUUCAAAUGAACCAAAAAAAUAAGGUUACUGCUUUUGGCGGAGGUCGGGUGAUCAGUCUUUUGCAGGCCAUUGAGCGGCACCAACAUAAAUUUAGCAGCCCACCUAUUGGUCCCAUAGGUGCUCAUGUGAAAUUGGAACACGGAGACAUGUGGUCUGUAGCUAUUGAAUCUGCAGUUGGCAGGGUACUUAAUGCUUUCAUUGUCACUGAUCAUCAAGAUUCCCGUACUCUAAGAGCAUGUGCAAAGGAAGCAAACUAUCACUACUUACAGAUUAUCAUUUAUGACUUUUCCAGACCAAGAAUUGACAUUCCGAGGCACAUGCUUCCUCAGACUAAUCAUCCCACCGCCUUCUCCGUUAUGUGUUCUGACAAUCCUACGGUGCUGAAUGUUUUGGUUGAUGUGGUUGGUGCUGAGAGACAAGUUCUUGUCAAAGAUUACGAUGCUGGUAAAAAGGUUGCCUUUGAGCAGAGGGUAGCAAACCUGAAGGAGGUCUUCACGUCUGAUGGGUACAAGAUGUUUUCCCGCAACUCAUCCGAAACUAUUCUUCCCCCCCACAAAAGCUCGAAUUCUCGUCGUCUUUGUGGUUCGUUUGAUCAUGAGAUUAAGCAUCUGGAAAAAGAUGUAUUGGAAACAAAAGAGAAUGUUCAAAGAGGCCGAGGCGUGAAACGGGCUAAGGAAGAAGAUUUGAGAAAUCUUCAGGACAUGUUACGCAGUGUAAAGAGAAGGCGCAUGAAUAUGGAGCGGGACAUUAGGCCGAAGAUAUUUGAGCUGGAAGAUGUGAAAAAAUUCCUCUCAUUGGAAUCUAAUGCUGGGCAUGUAUCUACAGUGGAUGAACUUCAUCAAGAGAUAUCUGUCUGUUUCUGGAAACUUCUUCUCGAAAUUUUUAAACUGCAUCAAGAACUAGAAGGAAAGGAAACUUUGUUGGAAAAGCUUCAGAAUAGAGUGAAUGAAGCAGGAACUAAAGUUGACAAUCUCAAAGCGUCAUUUGAUAAUCUGUGCGAUUCAGCGAAAUCAGAAAUUGAUGCAUUAACAGAAGCAGAGCGUGAACUGAUGAUGAUAGAGAAAGAUCUACAUGUAGAAGAACAGGCGAAGAAAAAUUAUGAGGGCCAUAUGAAUACUGAGUUGCUUUCUAAGCUAAAAACAUUGGAGGCUGAAUUUCAGAAGCUUGAGGAUGAGUGUAAGGAGGACCGUCAGAAAACAUCAGCUGUAUGUCCUGAGAGUGAGAUUGAGGCUUUAGGAGGCUGUAAAGGAAGCAGUUAUGAGGAACUCGAGGCUCAAUUUAAAAUAUUGACUCAAAGGCAGCAGCGUGAGAGCCGAAGAUUUUCAGAAUCUAUCGAUGAUCUCCGAAUGACGUGUGAGAAAAAGGAGCGUAGGAUCUCAAGAAAACAACAGACUUAUAAAGCCUUUCGCGAGAAAUUGGAAGCAUGUGAGAAAGCUGUACAUUUGAGAUGGAGCAAGUUUCAGAGGAAUGCUACUCUUCUGAAACGCCAGCUAACAUGGCAAUUUAAUGGCCAUCUGAAGAAGAAAGGGAUAAGUGGUCAAAUCAGAGUUAGUUUUGAAGAGCAAACCCUGUCAGUAGAGGUGAAAAUGCCUCAAGAUGCGUCAAGCAGCUCUGUUCGUGACACUAGAGGGCUUUCUGGUGGUGAGCGUUCUUUUUCAACAUUGUGUUUUGCCCUUGCACUUCACGAGAUGACAGAAGCCCCCUUCCGUGCAAUGGACGAGUUUGAUGUUUUUAUGGAUGCUGUAAGCAGAAAAAUCAGCUUGGACGCUGUGGUUGAUUUUGCAUUGUCUCAAGGUUCCCAAUGGAUUUUUAUAACCCCUCAUGACAUCAGCAUGGUGAAAAAUGAUGAGAAGAUAAAGAAGCAGCAAAUGGCAGCGCCUCGUGGAUGACUAUUCUUAUCCACUCUUUUGUUUUCUGUGAAGUGUGCUAUUUAUUCAUCCAAUCUAAUCUUAAAAGUUAUUGACCCGGGACAAUUUUACAACUAUGUGAAGAACCCGGUUUUCAGAAUUAAUCGUGUGUAAAAAGCUUAUUUAUGCGGAGCUGCUGCCCAUCAACAAUCUCAAGUCAGCCCUGCAAAUAUUUUCAUAUUCACUAUUUAUGGUGCUUUUUUCUUUUUUAAUGCACAUAUCAAUAGGACAUUGACAUGGCGUGUGCCAGCAAGUAGUUGCAUUUUGUUUGACAAAUUGAUAUCUCCAUUCAGUACUUUUUGUGGACAGCUCAAUAAUAAGGUUAUCAAAGUAUCCGUACCAAUACAUUUUCCAGUUUUUCUCGACUGUAAAAUGAUUCUGAAGUUGAUGACUAAAGUUGGUGAAGGAGUAACACAAAAUGAAAGAAUGAAAUGCUGAUGGGAUUUGGUCAUGCAAACAUGGUCUUAAUGGUUUUGUACAAGAAUAGGCAAGGGCAAGGCCAAAGGCCAAUGUUCAAACUUUUGCACAACUCUAACAGGUACCUGUGUAGGGGACACUUUACAGAUAUGGAAAUCUUGGUACACAUUAUUAGAGUAUUCAUUGUUAGAGAAUGUGUUGAAGUAUUAAAUUGCUAUUGGACUUCAAUCCGGCUUUGAUACCACUUAACUAGAGAAAGCACUUCUAACACUUCCAAAUGACAAAUUCCCUAUUAUUUUACAUGUUGAUAUCAAAGUAUUGC